AUUGUUUGAAAUUUCGCUCGAUUUUCAAUUUGAUAACUAUUUCAUUUCAGGGUUUUUAGGUGAAUGGGUUGUCUUCUUUCGAAUAAAUUAGUCUGGUGAACUUCUGCUGUAGCAAGUAUAGUUAUCGUGACUAUUACCAAAUAUUCAUAUAUCAAAUAUGAGAGGAAAAGAACCUGUAAAUAAAAGAAAAUCAGUAGUUCAAGAUGAUGACUCUGAGGAAGAAUUGAUUUGUUCUGAUGAUGAAGGAACUUUCGUUGAUGGAAUUCGAAUUCCACCUGCUACAAAACCCAUUUGUUCAUUUGAUCCUUCUGGCCCUCGCCUCAUCAUCACAAAAAUAGUCAACAACUUUUUCAAGAGCUAUGCUGAUGAACAAAUACUAGGCCCUUUCCACAAGUGUUUCAAUGCCAUAGUUGGGCCAAAUGGAAGUGGAAAAAGUAAUGUGAUUGAUUCCAUGCUUUUUGUGUUUGGAUAUCGUGCUACUAAAAUAAGAUCCAAAAAAGUGUCUGUCUUGCUGCAUAAUUCUGACAAAUUCAGAAAUGUUCAGUCAUGUAUGGUGUCAGUUCACUUCUCAGUGAUUGUUGAUAAGGAAGGAGAUGAAUAUGAUGUUGUACCUGGAAGCGAAUUUGUGGUGUCCCGUACAGCGUGCAAAGAUAAUUCCUCAUUCUAUACGUUGAAUGGUAAAAGGGUUCAAUUCAAAGAAGUCGGAAAGUUACUAAAGCAACAUGGUAUCGAUUUGGAUCACAAUAGAUUCUUGAUAUUACAAGGUGAAGUAGAACAAAUAGCAAUGAUGAAAUGCAAAGGAGAAAAUGAAAAUGAAACCGGUAUGUUAGAAUAUUUGGAGGAUAUUAUUGGAACUUCUCGUUAUAAAAAACCCCUUAUUCAGGUGAACGAAAGAGUAGAGAUUUUAGCUGAACAACGAACAGAAAAAUUGAAUCGGCUUCAGUUAGUUGAAAAUGAAUUGAAUGAAUUGAAAGGACCCAUGGAAGAGGCAGUCGGAUUUCUGAAAACCGAAAAUACUGUUGUGAAUAACAGAAACUUUCUCUACCAAAGAGAUAUAUAUAAUCUUGAGAAACAAGUCGAAUCAGUCGAAGAAAAGAAAAACAAGGUACUCGAAAUUCAGAAGAAGUUUGAAAUUGAGCUGAAAAAUUUGAGCGAUGAAAAACAUGAAAAAGCGAAGAUACUUAAGCAAGAAUCAGCUAAAUAUGGAAACCUUGAAAGCAGAAGGGAUGGUAUUUCUGAGGCAUUCAACAAAGCGAAUAACAAAGAUAUUCAACUUCAAGAAACCAUGACACAAAUGAAUAACACCAGAAAGAGAACCAAAGAGAUGAUAGUUGAAGAAAAGAAGAAGUUGGAGAAAUUAGAAAAAGUCCCGGAAGAAAGUAGAAUGGGUAUCGAAGAAUGUGAAGCAAAAGCUGAUCAAGUUAUGGCUAAAAAAGAACAAUAUGAGGAGGAGAAGACAAAACUGUUAACUAGCUUACGUAGUGUUACGAAAACUCUCCAGGAUAAGAAAGAAGAACUGCAAAAUGAUUUGGUGGUACUCAAAAAGACGGUUGAUGAAACUAAAUCAGAUUUCACUUUGGCAGAGUCCGAACUGAAAAUAUAUGUUAGUAAUGAAGAAAAUGAAAGAAAUAAAUUAGAGAAUAUGAAAACAGAAUAUGAAACGGCAAGAUCAACCAUCAAUGAACGCACAAAACAGGUCAGUAUGUUGAAGAAGAAAAUCCCGGCAACUGAAAAAUCAUUGAAAGAAGCUACAGAUGACUUAAAUAAAGUGAAAUAUGAAGAAGCUCAGGUUAUCAAUGAGAUCAGGAAGAAUAGAUCACAUCUGGAAGAAAAACGGAGCUCUAUGCAAGCCUCGCAGUCCAGAGGAAAAGUUCUGGAUAGUUUAAUGCAGCAAAAACGAGAAGGAAAAUGUCCUGGACUCUACGGUCGUCUGGGUGAUUUGGGAGCCAUUGAUAAAAAAUAUGAUGUGGCCAUUUCGACAGCUUGUGGACCACUGGAUAAUAUAAUAGUUGAUACUGUUGGUACAGCUCAGUGGUGUAUAGAAUUUCUGAAGAGACAUGAUCUUGGACGAGCAACGUUUAUUGCUUUGGAUAAACAAGAGCAUUUGAGGCAGCAGGCUAAUGCUAAAAUACGAACACCUGAAAAUGUACAUCGAUUAUAUGACUUGGUGACAAUUCAAGAUGAGGAUGUUCGUACAGCAUUUUAUUAUGCACUGAGAGAUACUCUUGUUGCGAAUGAUUUAGACCAAGCCUCUAGAAUUGCAUAUGGGGCCCAACGAUUUAGGGUAGUGACACUCAAUGGAGAUCUCAUCGAAACAACUGGCACAAUGAGUGGAGGUGGCAAAACAGUAAGUAAAGGUAGGAUGGGACAGUCUGUACGAGUAUCGAACGUCAAUCCAAGAGAACUUGAAAAUUUGGAAGAGACCAUUCAGCAACUGGAAGAGCAUGUUAGAGAAAUGAGACAAAAUCAGACGUCAUUAGAGAAUCAGGUCAACACACUGCAACCCGAAUUGAGACAAAUGAAAUUUGAUUUUGAAAAGUUCUCCAUGGAAUUGGAAAAUCUACAGCAACAUGUACCUCAGUUAGAAAAACAACUCGAAGAGCAGGAAAAGAAAGCUAAAGCUACGAAAUCAGACCCGGCACAAGUGAAAAAACUUGAGAAAAUAGUUGAAAAGAAAAGAAAACUUUAUGAAACAGCUGCUGAGACAGCAGGGGCUUUGCAGGUACAGGUUGAUGAAGUUACCAACGAAAUUAAAGAAAAAACUUCUGGAAAGAUGAAAGCAGUUGAUAAGAAUAUAAGUGAGGCUACUAAAACAAUUGAUAAGUGUAAAGCUGAGAUUACUCGGUUAAGAGUAGCCGUGACAACAGCUGAAAGAAAUUCUAAAAAAUCUGAAAAUAAAAUAAAAACUAUGGAACAAGAUGUUAUAGACAUGGAAACAAAACUGAGGCAAAUGAAAGAGGAAAGAUUAGAAAUUGAGAAAGAUGCUGCAGACCUAUUGAAAUGUAUUGCAGAGAUUGGAGAACAGUUAGCUGAAGGAGAAGAAUCAUAUUCAGGUAUAAAAAAAGAAGUAGCAGAAUUGACCAAAAAGGAAAACGAAGUUAAAUCCGAGAAAGUCGAUGUUGAUCAACAAAUUAAAACCUUCAUUGGUAAGAUUAAUGAAUACAAGGGUGCCAUACAUCAAUUAGAUGUGAAGAUAUCUCGUUUGAAACUUCAAGACAUUCCGAAUGAGUCUUCUUUAGAACUCAAGAAAUAUACUGAAGAAGAGAUAGAGCAGGCUAACGUGAACGAUGUUGAAAAGGAAUUAGAAGCUGCUGAAAACCACCUGAAGAUAGCAAAACCUAACCUAAACGCGAUUGGGGAAUAUCGUAAGAAACAGUCAGUCUACAUUGAACGGUCAAACGAACUGGAAGAGAUUAGUAACAAGAGAAUGGAAAUGAGGAAACUAUAUGAUAACUUGAGACAGCAACGGAGAGAGGAAUUUCUGAAGGGUUACAGCAUAAUCAAGUUGAAGCUUAAAGAAAUGUAUCAGAUGAUAACAUUAGGAGGAGAUGCUGAUUUUGAGAUGGUGGACACUUACGAUCCUUUCACGGAAGGAAUUCAAUUCAAUGUGCGACCACCAAAAAAAUCAUGGAAAAAAAUAUCUAAUCUGUCAGGAGGCGAGAAAACAUUGUCUUCUUUGGCAUUGGUUUUUGCUUUACAUUACUACAAACCUUCUCCCUUAUAUGUGAUGGAUGAAAUUGAUGCUGCAUUGGAUUUCAAGAAUGUCUCCAUUGUGGGAAAUUAUAUCAAAGAACGUACAAAGAAUGCCCAGUUCAUCAUAAUAUCUCUGAGAUCGAACAUGUUCGAAUUGUGCGAUAAUCUCCUAGGAAUCUAUAAAACAUAUGAUUGUACGAAAACAGUCACUAUAGAUCCCAGAUUGUAUGACAAAAAAGAGGAAGCUCGCAAAGGUAAUAAUGACGAUCUAGAAACAAAUAAUCCUGUUCAGACUUCAGAAAGCAGCAAACGACCUAGAGUGGAAUAUAGUGAAGAAAAUGGAGUAGAUAAUACUGUUGCUGAUUCACUAGAGAAUAUCAGUAGAAUGGAUAGUCAUUGUAGCAACGGUGAUAAGGUGAUUGAUGAUUCAUUCCAGCCUGAUGAAAUGCAAGUUGACUGCUAAUUUUUCGGUUUUUUUAUUUUAUAACUUCUUGACUUUUUGUAUUAAUUUGAUAUUUACAUAUUUUCUCAAAUAUAUUAUAGUAGAUAC